AUGUUUCGUCUUCUUCGGCUAGUUCGCGUCGCGCGAGCGCUGAAGCUGCGACGCGGAUUUACUGCACUGCAGGACGUCAUCCACUCGCAGCGUGCCAGCCUCUAUCUGAAGUUUUUUGUGAGUCUGGGUCAACUUCUGAUGCUUGUCCACUGGAUAGCCUGUGGUUGGUUUGGGGUGACUUGGCUACACACCGAGAACUGGGUGGCAUCCAGUGAUUUGCGUUACCGCGAUUCGCUUUUCCAGUAUUUGACAUGCGUUCUGUGGUCCUUCUGUCAACUGGGUGUGGGCGAGAGCCCUUGGCAACCGACAAAUACCACCGAAAUGAUCCUCGCCAGUGUCAUUGCCUUCACGGCCCUCAUCACCGCAGCAGUGCUAAUCAGCACCAUGGGAGAGUUGAUUGCAGGGCUCCGGAAGCUUCGACAGGACGAGCUCUCGCAGUUCAGGCUCUUGCGCCGAUACCUGCAGAAGCAUGACAUUCCUGUGGACCUUGGCCAUCGGGUGACUCAGUUCCUACACAAUCAGUACACAGAGAGGCAGCAGGCCUCGUCGUCGCAGACGCAAGUGCCUUUACUUGAGCUUCUGUCUCGCCCCAUGAUGCAAGAGCUCCAGUUCGAAAGACAUCGCCCCGUCCUCUGCAAAAUCGGUGCCAUCAAGGCGAUACUCAGCAAGGACGAUGUCCACUGCCGGCGAGUACUUCACAAGAUGGCUUACGCCAGCUUGGACCCCAUGGUGGCGGCAGCGGGGGAUGUCAUCUUCGUCGGUGGCCACAUGGCAACGAUGUCGUACAUCAAGAUGAAUGGCCGCCUGAGCUACUUCAAG